AGGAAGCUCUUCUUAGGCAUUAACGAGAGCCAUUUGCUUCCUUAUAAUGGAGCAGACUAACAGCGUGCCAGUGGAUGAGUUUUCCUCGAAUGUCUUCUCUUUCACCCCACCUCAAAACAGCAGACCUGAGUCUCAGGUGUCAGAUGGAAGUAAAGCAGGAGCCACCUUACUAUUUUCAGGAAUUUUUUUGGGACUGGUUGGAAUUGCGUUCACGGUGAUAGGGUCGAUGAAACGUGAAGGUCAGAACAACUUUGAGUGGACUCAGUUGAUUGGACCAAUCAUGUUAACAGUUGGCGUAUUAUUUGCACUAAUUCCAGUGUGCAGGUUUAAGUUACAUAUAUGUAAAUCACGUAGAAGCAACGAAGAAACUACACCAGAUGGGGAGAUGCCUUCAAGCCCUCAGUCCUUUGUUUUCAGUGGGAUCAACCAGCCCAUUACCUUUCACGGUGCCACAGUGCUUCAGUACAUUCCACCACCCUACACAACCCAAGAUGUCUCAACGAUGGGUGCUACCUCUACAACUCCUCUUCCCAAUGCUAUCUUGAGUAAUGGGACAACAUCGCCAUUGUGUCCACCUCAGUAUUACAGUGUUUAUCCAAUGGACAACCCAGCAUUUGUAGGAGAUGAUACGUUUUUGACUUUACAAUCCACAGGGGAUGCAUACGAGAGGAACCCAGCUGGUACACCUUCAUCUGAGAACACAGAGGAAACAAUCACGUACAGAGACCCCCCUCCUUUAUAUCAAGAUAUAUUUCCAGAAAUUAAAUGAUUACAGUGGACUCAUAAAUGUCAGGGCUGAAUCAUGCAGAUGAUAAAUCAACUUUGAAUUUUUACAUGCAGCCUCCUUCCAUGGGCGCUUAGAUAAUGUAUAAGGUAAAACCAGACAACAAAUGAUGGGAAUAAUUGUUUGAAUAUAUACACAUCCUGUCUGUGUCACUUUGUUCCCGUCAAAUGCUUAGUCUUUUUAUGCAAAUAUCUUCAUAUAAAUAGAAAUUUUUACAUUUUAACACA